GACACUUUCGACGUUCCUCUACCCCACGUCUGUGCAAAUGACCUUCCAGCUGGACGAAUGUGGCGAGUCCAGCUGGAUUCCUGACGAAAACGUAAGAAAAUGUCAAAAGUGUCACCUGAACUUCUCGUUUCUGAACAGGAGACAUCACUGUCGCUACUGUGGCGGUAUCUUCUCCGGAGAGCCGUGCUCUUUCGUUAUGGGCGAGAAGUAUCCUCCGGCCUAUCGAGGAAAGAGAAUAUGUGCAUACUGUCACGCUCUGUAUUUUAAGUACGGUGAUAUGGUGCAAGAAGGGGCGGAGUUUGUCAAAUAUUCAAGAGAUGGCAAAGAUCAACACAGUCGACACUUUUGGCUGACAGAUAAAAGAGGGUGCCAAACGCUUCAUUGGAGCAACUCAAAGUCGUCUCCGCUUGUUGAUACUGCAAGAGCUGAUGGAAGUCGGAGUAUUGUGUUAACAGAUGUAGGACAAGUGCUACACUUCAAGCAAGCAGGAACAGUAGCAGAAUCAAGGAAGCUAGUCAUCAAGCUUGAAGGUGCAGGUCCAGAAACACGUGACAUGGUCUUACAGACGACAAGUGAACAGACCUUCGAACGAUGGCUAGAAGCCCUUGAAGCCGCUCACCACGUGUCGCAUGCCAAUAAGAUGAUAGAAAAUGGGAAGCAGGAAGAGAAGAGGGCACAGGAGGCAGAAAGACAAGAAAAAAUUCGAGCUGAUCGAGUUGAGAGAUUGCAGAGCGCGAAACAACACAGACAAGCUACUCGAGACCGAAUUCGCCAAAAGUAUUCAACCUAGUGACGUGCUGCACCUUCUUAGAUAACGAGUUCACGCGUAGCAAGUGUUUAGAAAAGCGGUUUCUGAAGCA